GUGAUUUUUGUCCUUCACUUUGAUGAUAAGUAAACGCAAAAACCACUAUCGUUUGUAUCAUAAAUCGGGCCAGUCAAUUGACAGAGGGCUUUCGAGCGCCCUUGCACUGUCCUGUUUUUUAUGAUGUCGGCCGCUUAUCCUCUGCGGUCGUGCGUGCGCGCCGGCAGCAAAACUUUUUCAUCACUUCGGGUGCGAUCCUCGACGGCAACAGGAAAACAUGUCUCGGCCGAUGGUCUGAGAUGCACAACGACGACGCCGAACCUCGCGACGGGACGACGAUGGGCUUCGGGCAAGUCGGGGAAGCAGGCGGACGAUGGCACCAUAGCAGGCAUGGAGCUGUACGACGGGAAGCGCCUCCAACACAUGAUCGACGACCUGUUCGAAAAGGCGGGGACCAAGUCCCAGAAGGCGGUAACCAGCGAAAAGGCCAACGCCCUGGCCGAUUCCCAGCUGGCCUCGCUCAGCAGCGCAUCCAACGCGGCGGACCGAAUCCCGAAAAAGUACAAGACUGGUCAACAUGAGUUCUGGAACGAAGGCGAAGACGAUCCCGAUUACAUUAGCGAAGAAGUACUGGAUGAGGAGUUCAACGAGGACGAUAUUCUUUCCGGUGCCCACGGAAAGCUUGAGGAGCACAGGGAGAUGCGCGAGUAUGCACGCCUGGCUAUCUACGACAUGCCAUUGCUCUCGAACUUUGCAAAGCCAUUCGAACCGCCCACCAGGGCUACUCCGCUACGAUGGCGGUAUACCAGCUACAUGGGCGAGUUCCACCCGGCAGAGAAGAAGGUUGUCGUUGAGUUCUGUCCUGAGGAUUUCGGCCUCACUGAGGUCCAAGUCUCCAAGCUCAAGAAGCUCGCGGGCCCAAGGUACAACCCCGAGAAGGGCACCAUCAAGAUGAGCUGCGAGAACUUUGAGCACGCAGCUCAGAACAAGCGCUACCUGGGUGACCUGGCCAUGAAACUUAUUGCCGAAGCCAAGGAUCCCAAGGACACCUUUGAAGAUAUCCCCCUGGAUACCCGACACCAUACUAUCAAGGCCAAGCCCAAGUUCCCCAGAGAGUGGCGCAUGACAGAAGACAGGAAGGCUCAGCUUGUCCAGUCUCGCCACGAGGCCUACUUGUUGGACCAGGCAAAGAAAUCCAAGGGCGCACUGAUCGAUGGUAGCGAGGUCAUCAAAAAGUUCCUCGAGGCACCGGCAGUAGAGGAGGUUAGUGCCGAGGAGAAGAUGCUACAGUUUGUACGGACCGAGACAGGUAAGGGUGGUGGUAACAGGCCAGCGGCACGUUGAUGUUGCUUGGUGAAGUAGUUACGUCCGGCUCAAGAAAGCGGGCUUUUCCACUUUGGACUUUGCCCGCUUUUUGUAUGUAUACAUGUGUACUAUACUAUCACUACCUAACCCCAUAUAAAUCGGCUGCAUUGGUCACGUGCCAGCCAUAGUUUAGAGCAGUUAGAAUGACUGGUUUGUAUUGGACUGGGUUUAAAAUAAAGCGUGCUUAUUUUCGGGAUGCAAGUAAACUCAGAUGAUUGAUGGGUGGGAUUGGGAUUUCAUCACGUCUCAACUUUUGGUCUGAUUAAAG